UAAUAGGUAGCACGAUUUUAUAGCCGGCCCGGCCUUGACGGCAGAACGUUUUUUAUGCAUUUACAAAAGCAUUUCUUGCCAGACUUUAUUUUCUAAAUGAAAAUCUUAUCCGAAUUAAUUUAAUUUAAUAAUGUUUUCUUAUUGUGUCAUGUGUUCUUAUACCACAAAAUGGCAGCAAAGGACUACAGCAUAAGCUAGCAAGCAGCCACUCUUCUCUGAAGGCUAUCUUCCCUUUCAAGUCUUUCUGACGUCUACUUUGAAGAACUCAAACAGAGACAUCAAGCAGAAAAGGAUUCUCUGAAGGUGUUAACACAAUGCAGAGAGUGGAAGAACCAGCAGGAUUAUACACAAGUCUUAAAAUGUGUAACACAAAAGCACUUUCUCCUCACCCUGGAGAUGCUGAUUUCCAAGGAACCAAUGGAAGAAGCAUAAUACAAACCAGUAAGCAAGCUCAUGCUGAAGAGGAGAAACAAUUGAAGGACAAUGAAGAGGCAUUAUCAACCAUUACAAAUACGUCAUGUGUCAAGAAUGCACAUGGCGACCCCCCUUCGUCUGUUGAUAAGAGGGACUCUUAUGAAAGUGAUAUAAAUAAUUCUGCAACAUCACUAUUUCCAGACACAUGCUUAAUGACCCUUGAGAGGCAAAAUGACCUCCAGUUAGGACAGAAAGACCUUCCUGAAGAUGCAUCUGCAGAGAACGAUGCAUGCCCAACUCAUCCUUUGCACGAGGAAGGCCUACUGACAAACCAAGAGUCAGCUCAUCCAACUAUGUUCCCAAAAGAUGACCUUUGUUCACCUUGCACAAGUGACUCAGACUGCACUAUGAUUUCAGAACAAGAUUACAUUGACCCAUUUGGUAAUUUAGGGGCUGAGGUGAAUGAAGCAUCUUCAUACUCAGUCAAUGCAAUCAAGCAGACCCAACAUCAGGAUAAAGGCUUGGAGCCAUUUGAGAGUUGUAAUGAGGGAAAUGGCUCAUCCUUCAGAGACUGUUCCAUCAGCCUGCUGCAGGAUUCUGACAUUGGCCAUGCUAGAAUCGAUAUUGGAACUGAAAACAUAUCAAUACAUGAUUUUGUUUCACAAGUCAAUUUAAAGAAAAGAAAAAAAAAGAGAGAUGGAAAUCCAACAAGACUUCUCCUACGCAAGAAAAGACCACUGAAACAAUCAAACAAAUGGAUAUCCAAUGACACAAAUUAUGUGUCUAAAAAAAGCAAAGCUCAUAGUACAUCUCGGACAGGUAGAGAGAUGAGGCACCUCAACAAAAGAAAUGGCCUUGGAGAGACUGGUUUACAGUUGGCAUGCAAAAAAGGAGAUUUGGCACUUGUCAAAACCCUUAUAGAAGCUGGAUCAAAUGUCAACACGAAAGACAAUGCCGGCUGGACGCCCCUUCACGAGGCCAGUGUUGCUGGCGACGAGGCUGUGACAGAGGAACUAUUGCGGGCUGGAGCUGAUGUUAAUGCUAGGGGGCUUGAGGGAUAUACACCCUUACAUGAUGCUGUGUCAUCUGGCAGUUAUCAGGUUGUGAAGCUCCUCCUCAAGUAUGGUUCGGAUUCUAAUUACAAGAAUACCCAUGGACUGAGUUCCUCGAAUAUGGCUCAGGAUGUAAACAUCAAAGAGCUCCUCUCGACAUUCCCAGGAAGUAUUGUCUGCAAUCAGCCUAGCAACCCUGUUCAAGAGUCCUCAUGGAAUUCAGUAGGUGGCUGCUCUCACCCUAGCUCCGGUCCUGGUCCUGAUAACCAAGCUGAGACCGCAGAUGCCAUCAAUGUAAAGAUGGUCAAUGAGAUGGGUAGCCCUCUGUGCAGAAUGCAAGACAGCACACCUGAUACUCAGAAGCACUCUGAUUGCACAGCUUUAUCGUUGGACGAGCUGGAGAACAGGCUGACAGAAAUGUCAACCAGGGACAUAUCGGUGAUAGAGGACGCAGGCAGGCUAAGUAUAGCACUGACAAAAACUCAGAGUGUGUUCAAUGAUAUAUUGGCCAAACACCAAGCCAAGAAGGAUUCCCUCACACACAAGAUUGCGUCUGCCACCGUCUGCCGACGUGUGUUGAGAAAUGAGCUCACAUCUCUAGCAUCACUCCAGAGGAGGCUGCUGUCCCUACUCCAGCAGCACCAUCAUUUGCAAGAGAAAAUCCAGUCGAGGAAGGCCAUCUCAUCUUGUUGUUCGCCUCACAGCGUCACUGAGAGCCAGCAACCAGGCCUGCCAUCUACUUCCACAGUUUCCAGACAACAUGUAUCAGAACUCACUAAGAAGCAAGGUGUUUCAGGGAAGUUGGAGGUCCGCCACGGUUCAGGCCAGAAAGGUGGGAAGAUGAACCGCAACUCUGCUCUGAAGCAGGCUCUGAAGGGCAGACUUCUCCCCGGGCUGUUACUGGGUCUACCUGGGGAAGCCACUGACAAAGGCAAAGGCCAUCCACACGGGAGGAAAUCCACCAUUAGGAUCUGCCAGCGAAAAACGGUUAACACCGUGAAAGACCCAGUCCCAACAAUGAGUGACACAGCAGGGCUGAGAGAAUAUUCUGGAACGGGCAGGGACCCGAGAGUGGUGCUCUCCCCAGGUGGUGGUGCUCUACACCUGCUUUGGAAGGAAAACUUGUUUUAUCAGGCGCCCGACAACCCACUGCCCCUCUCCAGUAUCUUCUUGAACCCGGGGAAGGUCAAUGCUGAAAUGGAGACGACUGGGACUGACAACCCUGACAACCCUAAAGAGGACAGCCCUAGUGCAGUUGUGACUACGAUGCAUCUUCCGAUGGAGAUUAAGAGCAUCCAUUUGGUCCGUGAUGAGGAGUUAAUGCCAAACAGGACGAUGGAGCUGAAGUGGGAAUUGUUUCUACAGAAUUCUAAUUGGGAUUAAUUCGAUAUUGAUAACAAUACAGCAUUGUGUUUAUAUAAUUAUUGUUUUUUGAAUUCACAUGUGCAUAUGUGUUCGUUUUGUUUUGAGGUGUAGCUUUUCAACACAUCACACAGUCAUUGCCAAACAAUAUAACAUCAAACAUGCUUGUUGUCUUUCACAAUAUAUUUAUCAAUGGAACCAUUGUUGACCCUCCCUGACAUAAUAAAAGGUUGUGUGCAUAACUGAA